ACAAUCUCGGGCGCUUUUUCUUUCUUCUCUCAAACGUCAAUGGAUUCUUACUCUCCCUUGCUGGAGAAACUCCGGGUACCCCAACCCUCGCUCCAGAAAUUGGCCGUGAUCUCCAUCUUCUCGAAGCUCCGAUCGGCUCCCAAGUACCUGGACUCCGAUUCCGAUCCUGGAAGAGAUGCCAUUAACCAGUGCCUCCACUCGGCCUCGCCGGCCAUUGUCGACCAGUCGGUCCGGGAGCUUUGUCGCCUCGUCGCUGACUCUCUAAUGGACGUUUCUCGCGGCUUGCUGGAGCUCCAGUCUGCUCUCGAGGGAUGCGAGCCUCGUUUCGUCGACCUCUUCGUCAAAGCCUUGGGCUUCCUCGUUCGAUUAGGGCUUCAGAAGAACAGCCUCAAAUGGCGCCUCGCUUCUACUGAGAGUCAUCCCUUUGUUAAAGUUCUUUCGUGCGGAUCCGAGGUUCAAUCUGAGCUAGUGCAGCAAAUUUUACUGUUGAUGGCAUAUAACAAGCAGUUGGGAAUAGUUGACGUUUGUGAAUUUUUGAGACCUUUUCUCAACUAUUCGAUCUUAAGAAUAUCUUUUUCAGAUUCUUCGUCGUCAAUGUUUGCGAGGCAUUUGAUAUCGUCCCUGGCGUCGCUGUGCUGUUCUUUUUCCCUUGAGGCUAUUCCUGUCCUUAAGUUGUUAACAGAAGUUCUUAGAUACAUUCCUUGCAAGAAUUCAGAAGAUUCUAGGAAUUUCAUUUGUUUCGUGGAAAAUAUGGUGGACGCACAUGUAGUGAUAUUGAGACAUUUGGCCAGAAAGGGAUUGGUGAUUGCUGAGGCUCAACUUUGCAGUUUGGAACUGUUAGAGACAAUUCUUUCUGUGUGUUCAUGUCAUAGGUAUUCCUAUUGGAUUGAGCCCAUAGCUGAAGUCUCCAGGCGUUUAUUGUUUGUUCAUAAAGAUCUUGGGUUUCGAUACGUAUCCAAAUUAUCUUCAGCUAUUUUAUCCCUAUUUGUUAUCCUCAUUAAGACAGAGCUUGAGCAUGAACAACUCUCUAUAUUGAGACUACUCCACUUCCUCUUGAAUUGGAAAUAUGGAAAUGAACUUCUUGUUGGCGAUAUAUCAUAUACUUUGAGUGAAGAGGUCUUAUUGAUAUUUCCUGUCAUUAGCCUUUUGUCAUCCCCUUCAAAAUCAGUAAAAGGAGCAGCAACUGAUCUUCUGAUCAUAUUAGAGAAAAUCUUAGUCGGUCCUUUUGUAUCACCAGAGAAUAAACCAACAAAAGGAGAAUUUCCACCUAUUAGCACACUUGGAUCUGUGGUUUGUAGACUUCUGCAGCAUCAGUGGUUUCAGGACCAAUAUUCACCAUCCAGUCUGUUUUUAAGUUUUGCUUCUAGUUGUGAAACUGAUAGCAAAGAAUUACAUGACGUGCCAAGAUCUUGGCCUUCUCAAUUAAGAAGUUAUUGUUUAUCAAUUGUUGACAGACGAAAGUCCUUUCUUCCACUCUCUCCGUCUCAAGAAAUUUUUGUAUCUGAAAUGCCCAUGUUACUGUCUGCCAUUGCUGGUGUUUUGUUGAUGCAUCAGUCGUUGGGGAGCAUCGUUGUAGAUUCUUUGAAUUCUAUUGCCAUGAUGGACUCUAAAACAGGAACUCAAUUUUUGCUAGCAAUCUUAUUUUAUAGUAAUGUAUUCACCAAGAAAGAUGUAAUCGGCCAAAAUAUGUUGCUAAAAUUGCUAGGAAUGCUUCCAGCACUUGCUUCGCAUUCUUGGAUGACACCAGUCAUAGUCCAAACUAUCUUGCCAAUGCUACAGAAGGAUUCUAAACCAACCUUAUAUGCAACAGCCAUUCGCUUGCUUUGUCAAACCUGGGAGAUGAAUGACCGUGCCUUUGGGAGUUUGCAGGGAGUAUUGCUUCCAAAAGCGUUUACUGAGUUCAAGUCGCAGAGAAAUAUAUGCAUCAGUAUUGCUUCUUCUAUCAAGUAUGUUUGCAGAAAAAACCCUGACAGGGGCGUGGACCUCAUCUUGUCUGUUUCGGCUUGCAUUGAGAGCCGCGAUCCUAUAAUUCAAGCUUUUGGUUUUCAAAGCCUUGCUCAUCUUUGUGAAGCUGAUGUAAUUGAUUUUUAUACAGCUUGGGACGUCAUCUCAAAGCAUGUGCUAGACUACUCCGCAGAUUCAAUUCUGGCACACAGCAUUUGCCUUCUUCUAAGAUGGGGUGCAAUGGAUGCUGAAGCAUAUCCAGAAGCUUCAAAGGAUGUUUUGCAAAUUUUGUGGGGUAUUAGCAUCUCUACUCCUGAUCAGGCACGUCAAUGGGAAAGGGCAAGAAUCUCUGCCCUAGAGGCCUUGGCUCAAUACGAGGUAUCACUCAUUGAGCAAAAACUUCCAGAUUUCAAGAAACUGUUUGCAGAUUUGCUAUUUUCUGAAACAAAUCUGCACGUACUGAGAGUCGUGGAAGAACUUCAAGUCAAGAUCAUAACAUAUGAGCAUAUUACAAGGAGACGACUGCGCAAGGAAAAAGGAGUUGCAGGAAGCAGAGUUGAGAAGUUGCUGGAUGUAUUUCCUCAAGUUAUCUUUUCUUCAGGAAAAGGUAAUAAUGCUAGAGACUUAGCUGGUGCGGCUCUGUUGUGCCUUUCCUUUACUCCUAAAGUUGUGAAUUCCCAGAGGACAUCAAAGGGAUUAAGUGAUGUACAUGCUGAAUAUGAGAAGGCGCUUCUAGAACUAGCCACUUCUCUUCAACUCUUAAGAAAUAUUUUUAUCGCUCUUAUUUCUCUUCAAUCCUGGAAAACUUUUGUGCGUCGUUGGCUUAGAGCUGAUAUUUUGUUCUUUGACGCUAAAGCUCCAUCAAUCAGCUUAGAUAAAACCACUAAAGCUGCUAAUGACAUUCUAAAGAGAAUGAUACAAAUAGCAAAAGAUGCUAUCCCUAGAUCUUCUGAAAAUAUUGCUCUUGCCAUCGGUGCACUUUGUGCUGUCUUGCCUCCAUCUAACCAUACGGUUAAAUCAGCUGCAUCAGAGUUCCUAUUGAGUUGGUUGUUCCAGCAUGAGCAUGAGCACCGCCAGUGGUCAGCCGCAAUUUCUCUGGGUUUGAUCUCAAGUUGCCUACACGUAACUGAUCAUAAGCAGAAAUUUCAGAACAUAACGGGACUUCUUGAGGUUUUGUGUAAAAGUAAAAGCACCCUUGUCAAAGGAGCUUGUGGGGUUGGCUUGGGUUUGUCAUGUCAGGAUCUUCUUAAUAGGGUUGACACUGCUGAUAACUCUGACUUGGAUGAAGAAACAAACAAGACUUCAGAAGCGGACUUACUAGGAAAUAUAGUUGGCACCUUAUCACUCAUAAUAUGUCAGUUCACUCAAUCUUCGUUUGAUAUUGUGGAAAGUCUUUCUGCAUAUUUCCCACCAAAUACAUAUGGUAUAGAUGCCAAUAUGAAUGCUGAAUUGUCACAUGAGAACUCGGAUAAUUUGGAGGAAGAUAUAUGGGGUGUUGCUGGCGUUGUUCUUGGCUUGGCAAGGUGCAUUGGUCCAAUGUACAGAGCUGGGUUACAUGAUGCAGUACUCAAAAUAAAAAGGUUAAUUGUGUCGUGGAUUCCACACUUAAAUCAACUGAAGUAUUCUGGUUCUAGCUCUGAGAUUCUCUCCGUGGGAUCAUGUCUAGCACUUCCCUCUAUUGUGGCUUUCUGCCAGAGGGUGGAACUGAUGGAUGUGAAUGAAGUAAACCAAUUAAUGAAUGGUUAUAGAGAACUCAUUUCAGAGUUAGUAUCGGUCAAAAGAUCAGGCAUUUUCCAUCAAAGCUUGUUGAUGGCAUCUUGCAUAGGAGCAGGAAGCCUUCUUGCCUGCGUAUUGGAUGAAGGGGUGCAGUCCAUCGAAGUUCAAUCUGUAAAAGUUCUGCUGGAAUUAUUCAGAAAAUGUUAUUCGGACCCAUAUCCUCCUCUGGUCUCUUUGGGUGGGAUGCUUGGAGUUGUUAAUUCGAUGGGAGCAAACGCUGGAAUCUUCUUUCAGAUGCAUCCUCGAACUGUGAAACUGCAUACUGGUUAUGAAAAGAAGGAAUCUAAUCACCUCAUUGGUCCUCUACUUUCAAGUCCCAACAGUGAGCCACAUUUAACAUCAUUAACGCAAGAGAUAUUUCUCAUUGCUCAGAAUUCUGAUGACCAUCAAUUGCAGCAAUAUGCGGCAUGGGCAGUUUCUCUCCUGCGAAUUCAGUUAUGGUCCAAGGAAAAUCUGAAUCUUGACGUUGGUAUUAAGACGGACAUAGCUGGUUCAGAAUCUUCUCAAAAUUUCACUGAUGAUAAUGCAGUUAUGAAGCUAUCUUCAUGGCUAAUGCAUCUCAAUAUUUCUGGGACAGGUGGCAAUUCACAUAUCAGCACAGUUGUGACGGUGUUGCGCUGCCUUUCAGAAGCUCCUAGGUUGCCAAGUUUAGAUUGGGGGGCAAUUGUUAGGCGCUGCAUGAGAUAUGAGGCUCAGGCUUCUGAAUUGCUACUGUCGGAUCCAGCAUAUAGAAAAGGAGUGCUUAGGGAAGAAUGUAUUAGCUUCUCUCUAGCUCAUGCAAAUCAGUUUGAUCCACUCUUGAAUUUCCUUGAUGAACUAUCUGAUCUGCCACGAUUUAGAACACUUGAGAUAAAUCUGCAAUCUUAUCUGUUCAUUCAUAUUGCGGACCUUGUAAAAGUAUUCUCAGGUUCCAGGCUUGAAAAACUAUUUGACGAUGUGACCAUUUAUCUGUCUUCAGUUACUUCAUACCAAGCAUAUGAUCCUAAUCAGAAAAGCAUGUUAAGAAAGUCCUGCUGGAAGGGUCUCUUUCAGUGUUUUGACGAAGCUUCUAUCGACUCUCUAGAGUACGCAUCUCACAUUGAGAAGAGCAUGGAGAUGCUCUUUUCCUUGUUGCCUGCAUUGCAAUCUGAUUUCACCACUGGCACGAGUCAGGUGAACUAUAAGGAAGAGUGGUCUGACGCAGUUAGAUGCCUAGCAAAGGCUCGGCGGAGUUGGUUAAUGAAUUUCCUAGAGGUGUCUCAGGAAGACCUACUACAAAAAGGUGAUCAGUUUAUUGAGGUCCUGAAGAAGGUUCAAGCCAAAGCUAAAUUAACUAGAAUUGGUUGCUUGGCAUCUGCUGAGUUGGGGAGACUAAAAACUCAUUUAUUGAACACUAAAUUUCAAGGUACAUGGGAUUUGCUCAUUGAAGUUGUAGCAGCUUUGCAAAAUGUGGAGGGAGGUGUCAGGAGACAGUGGCUCAUUGAUGCUGUAGAAAUCAGCUGUGUCGCAACCUAUCCUUCCACGGCGCUGCAGUUUCUUGGCCUACUAGCUGGUAGCCGCAGCAAGUAUAUGCCUCUUCUGAUUCUUGAUAGACACACCGUGCUGAGCGAUUUACCGGUUACGCUUAGUUCUCUUCUGGCAGAACCCGGUUGGAGGGACAUUGCAGAAUCUGUUGCUUCUAAUCUUUUGGCUUCAACAGAGCGCAUUUACAACUGGGAAAAACAUAUUACACGAGACGAGGACACAACUGAGAUGCAGCCAAUUGAUGAAAGUGAGAAUGAAAUGGCUGGUUUUGUGUUGCGUGUUGUGCACCGUACUUGUUUAUCUCUCAAAGACUACUUGCCUCUGGAAAAACAGCUUAAGCUCGCCAGCAUGGUUGUUGAUUGAUAUAAAUAUACGGCCCUUGUAUAAAAGUUUUGUAAUUAUUUGAUUCAAUUAAAAUUCCAAUUCUUUUGUAUAUUAUUCCCACGAGGUUCCUCUUUGAGUUGCGUGCGGCGAGCAUUGAUG